GUGAACUUGACAGUGGAAGUGUGGCAGCUUAGAACAACAAUCCUCUGAAAGUGUCCCACCGUCUCUCCUCUUCUCUUCCUUCCCUCUUUUCUUUUCUUUUCUUUUUUUCACAGGGGGGAGACUCGCGUUUUCCUCCCCCGCUCUCCCUCUCUCCCUCCGGGCGGAGUGGGUGUGUCGAUGCGGGCCAGUGGAGCCGAGUCUCUGCUUGUGUUGGUCCUGAAAAAGAGGAAAAAAGUUGACGAUGAGUUCAGAGUGAACGCGGCCCGCCUCCGAGCACGAACCGUCCGGGAUCAUGGCUGUCUGGACCCGAGCCGACAAAAACGGCCAGCUGGACCUCCUGCUCCGGGACCGCUGGAUCCGAGUGCUGGCGGAGCUCAGCCGUGAAACUCUGACCCUGACGGCGGAGGCGGAGGCGGCCGCACCGGGGGCGAACCACCACCACCACCACCACCACUGGGACUGCGGCAGCAGCAACUCCUCCGCGGGCCUGAGAAAUGGCCUGACGAACGGAAACGACCCGGGACCGAGUCCCAGCAACCGCGGUCAGGAUCAUCUCCAGAGCCAGAGCCAGAACCAGAGCCACCGGGGCCGCAGCUCCAGUCCCGGCCCACGCCGCGGUCAGUACGAUGGAAACUUUACUUCAAACAGCCCCGGAAAGUACCAGAAUAACGGUACAAACUCUGACUUUGGAAGUCCCGGCUCGAGCUACGGAAGCCCCGGGUCCAGCUUCGGCUCGAGACAGGGCGAGUACCCCGUGAGCGCGGACGGUUCUUCGGAGGCGGUGCGGAAAGUCCGGGUUGUCAAACAGGAGUCUGGCGGGCUGGGGAUCAGCAUUAAGGGGGGGCGGGAGAACCGGAUGCCCAUCCUCAUCUCCAAGAUCUUCCCCGGACUCGCCGCCGACCAGAGCCGCGCUCUACGGGUCGGGGACGCGAUCCUGUCCGUGAACGGGAACGACCUCCGCGAGGCGACGCACGACCUGGCGGUGCAGGCGCUGAAGAAGGCGGGGAAAGAGGUGACGCUGGAGGUGAAAUACAUCCGCGAGGUUUCUCCGCUCUUCAAGAAGCCGUCGCUGGUGGCCGACCUGCCGUGGGACGGCGUCCGCCCGCAGUCGCCCAGCUACAGCGGCAGCGAGGACUCGGGCUCGCCCAAACACAGCGGAGGCUCCUCCUCCUCGUCCAAGGACAGGAAGGUGAUCAGUCUGAGGAUGUGCUUCAUCAGCAGGAACCUCACCAUGCCAGACCUGGAGAACAGGCUGCUGGAGCUUCAUUCUCCUGACGGUCAGCACACGGUGGUGCUGCGCUGCAAAGACGGCUCCACCGCUAAGUCCUGGUUCAGUGCCGUCCACACCAACAUCGCCGCUCUGCUGCCACAGACGCUGGCCCACAUCAACGCCUACCUGAGCGCCUCGUCCUCCGCCUCCACACACCCACACCUCAAACACAUCGGCUGGUUGGCUGAGCAGGUGCAGCUGGAGGGCGGACGGCAGCAGCACCGCCCGGUGGUGAUGGCGCUUACGGAGAAGGACAUCCUGCUGUUUGAGUCUGUGCCGUGGAACAGAGAGUCAUGGUCCAUGCCUCUGCUCACACACCCACUGUUAGCCACCAGACUGGUUCACUCCGGCAGUGCCCGUGGGUCUCCUGCCCAGGGAACAGACCUGGUUUUCGCCACUCGAACAGGCACGGGACGAGGUAUCGAGUCCCACGUCUUUAGAGUGGAGACUCACUGGGAUCUGUCCUCGUGGACGCGAGCGCUGGUGCAGGGGUCGCAUGCUGCCGCUGAACUCAUCAAAGAAGUUUCUAUUGGGUGUACGUUGAACCGCCAGGACGUGCGUCUGACGCUUCACUACGAGAAGGGCUUCACCGUGACCCGAGAGCUGGUCGACCCGACAGGUGGCGCCGUGCUGUACAGAUACCCGUAUGAGAAGCUCAAAAUGUCCGGUGACGACGGAGUACGCAACCUUUACCUGGACUUCGGAGGAGCAGAGGGCGAAAUGGUGUUUGACCUCCACUCUGGACCCAAGCCCGUGGUGUUCGUCCUUCACUCCUUCCUGUCGGCCAAACUCACUCGUAUGGGUCUGCUGACGUGAUGUGACGGUCGCCGGCGACGACGAGGACGAACACAAGCAGAGUGAGGAUGGGAGGCGGCUGACAGAGGGCGGGGUUAACUUUUAAAAUCUACUUUCUCCUUUCACAGCCCACAUUAGGCACCAGGUGGCGCUGCAGGUGGAAUGUGUUGUUGCUUGUCCUCAGGCCGCCGCUCGCCGCCAUGUUAGAGCAGGUGACAGGAGGCGGCACUUUGCUUUAGCGACAGUAUUAACCAUCUGAAAUAACAUGUAAUGAUUUUUAUUCUAAUUAUGAUGUAAAACACACAUAUAGCACACGCACACGCACACGCGCACACACACAGGUGCUGUGAUGAAGAGAUGACAAAAACUAAAGAAGGGUCCAUUUUAUUGUUGUUUUUCUGCGCAGAGCGAGCACAUGUGUGUGUGUGCGUUCCUUCCACCGCAGCCUUCUUAAUGUAGUUGUGUGUUUUUGUGUCGUUGUAGACGCACUCAACGCGCUGUGUGUGUGUGUCACCACAUAAUCCCAAACGACUGUUGUGAUCAGGAUCGCCGACUGUGCCUUUUUUACACGUUCCCCCUUUUAUUCAACACAAUAAGAGGAUUUUAAAGGGACAGUUUGUGAUGUUUUUGUCGGUUUUACAGCGUGCAGACACAAUAUUCAGCACAGACUAAGCUGUGAGCGCCCCCUGUUGCUGAAAAGCUGCAUGACACAGGUAUGGACGCUGAACAAGAACAAAAGAUUUAAGUCUACGAUAUCUUAAGAAUGUGUUCACGUCUCCCACACCAAAGUCC